UGGAACCGAGCCGGGCCGGGCUGGACCGUUGGUGAGUGAGCGCGCGGCCGGUAGAAAAAGAAGAUGAGCCCGUCGGUGUACGCGCGUAACAUACGACGGAGGGGGUCGUAAGAAGAGUGAAGAAGAGCCCCGGAGGGAGUCCCUCGCUGAAGGAGGCGUGCGGCGCCACGGUGGGUACCGACGCGACGACUCGGUUGCGACUAUAAGUAAGUCUCGCGCGGCGCGCCGCGACUUAAUGCCGUCGCCGCGUCCGUGGCGCCAAGAGGAAGGCCCGUUGGCGACGACGAUAAACCUCCUUCUCGCGCGUUCCCCGCGACUGCAAAGGAGAGGAGAGAGCGAAAGAAAAGAGAGAGGGAGGCACGGUGAACUUAUAUUCCGUAGGAUGGUGUGGAUCAGCGACAGUACAGAUAACACGUGGCUGUCAGUCGCUGCUGCUACUGUAUUGGGUUUCGCCUGCCAGUGUUGAUCAGUGAUCGGCGGUAGACAGCGGUGUUCGAAAACACCGCGACAACUUGAAAUUUUUCGUGCUAUGACAUUGUGCCAACGUUUAUUUCUUAACGAAAAAUAGAUGGUUAUACGGUCAAAUCGGACAAUUAUCGUUGUGAGAUCUGUAAUAUCGUGUGUACAUAGUGUACUGAGUGGCAGAGACGAAAAAGAACAUUCUGGAAAGUGGUGCUCGCGCAGAGGGUGGUCUCACCGUUUCGCACGUUGUGGAACGUCAUUAUUUUUCGUUUGAUCGCGUACAAUCACCUUGACAUCAUCUGUAAUCACACUUUACAGUCAGUACUUUCGCCCGUGUCAAGUGACAGCAUGUCCGGGAUUCUCUACACGCUGCUUGGCCUCGCGGCCAGCACGAGUCUGCAUUGCGCCGUACGCCGCGAGAUCAGCCCAUGCACCUGCCGACAAGAGGAGUUUUCCAGUCCCGUUAUCAACCAGGCGGCGGUGACGGUAGCCGCGUCUACCAGCGGGGUCGCCAACGUGAACAACAAUGCUGGCGGUGGAGGAAACGGUGGUAGUGGCCAUCAUGUAGGGGAGCGUAUUGAGGUAUUAUGUGAGAAGAUGAAGUCGUUCGACCAAUUGGCCGAGGCAUUGAGCGGUAAAUUCACCCCCGAACAGCAGAUCACCUUGCGAGUAGCGCAUUCGAAUUUGCGCGACAUAUCGCGCCACGACUUCAAAGAGUUGCGUAUGUCUAUCACUCGACUUGAGCUGAAUCACGAUCAUCUUGGGGUCGUGGACGGUGACGUUUUCGCCGGUCUGGGUCGUACGCAGUAUUUGAGUCUCGCAGACAACGAGGUACCUUCGAUACCAAGGCACAUUUUGACGCAUCUGUCAUUGCUACGAACUUUAGACCUCAGCAGGAAUCGGAUAAGCCGCAUCGAUUUGGAUGACUUCAAGCACAAUCCGACACUUCAGCAUUUGGCUAUGGCCGGAAAUGCGAUUUCUGAGAUGAUCCCGGGUUCGCUACCGCCUCUAGUGAAACAUUUACAUGUCGGCAGGAAUCGUUUGAACAGUCUAAAUCAUACUCUAAGAGAUUUGAAUCAACUCGAGUGGUUGCUCAUUAAUUCUAACGAGCUCACGUCACUCGAUGGCGAGCUACCAUCGUCCGGCCACAAUCUCAAGAUGCUUUACGCCGCGGAUAACAAGCUGACGCAUCUUCCGGCCGAGUUCCGAUACCUUCACCGUCUGGAGACUCUCUUUCUCCAGCAGAACAAGAUCCGAAAUCUCGAUGGCACUCUGCAGAAAGCCAGGCGCCUAAAGUUCCUGGAGCUCUCAUAUAACGAAUUGCAAGAGUUGAACGCAGACGAUUUCUUAGAAGCCGAGAUGUUGGAGGACCUCGAGCUCGGGCACAACUCUCUCAAGUCUCUUGGCGGCGCGGACGGUGAUGGAAAUGGAAGUAGCGCUCUUUAUCCCCUCAGAUCGUUAAAGUGCCUGAAUUUGACGCAUAACGAGCUCCGUGAAUUUUCUCUGGCUUCCUUGCGCGGUCUACGUGAACUUAAAUUGCUCGAUCUGUCGAAUAACCGGAUCGCCAGACUUCACAGAGGAAGACCGUCCUCCGAGAAUUUGGUGGAAGAAGAGGGCGAGGAGAUUGCAGGCAGCACUAUCCAAGAUCUGCGCCUUCAGCAUAACGAGCUGCGUAGUCUAGAUGGUUCUCUGUUCCUAGGCAUGAAAGAACUGCAGAGGCUCAAUCUUAGCCACAAUGCGCUGGGCCCUACGAUUGGACCGCGCGAUUUGCGCGGUCUCGACGGGUUACGCGUGCUCGACAUCUCGCACAAUCAACUCACCACCCUCGAGGAUACGUCGGAGACGUGGUUACCGUCGCUGGAGGAACUGAACGCGUCGCACAAUCGCCUGGUUACGCUGUCCGGUCGAGAUUUUCGCGGUUUCCCGGUGCUCUGCUGGGCCGAUGUUAGCAUGAAUCAAAUACGUACUCUCAUGCCGGAGCUGGUGGCUAAUACACGAUGCACGAUUCACGGAGUCCCCGACGUGCUACGUAUAUACCUUCAAGAUAAUCCCGUGCUGUGCGAUGCCGCUCUGGCCGACUUGACCGUCGCGCUUGAGGUAAAUCACGCCAAGGUUUACGGGGUCGGCAGCGAUUGUCCAACCACGACAACGCCCGCACCGUUGACAAUGAUCGAAUUGACGUCGGCGUUACCACUGGCACCGCUACCGCCGACGCUUCUGCAGUUGGCCGCCGCAGCGGCCGCAUCCAGAAGCAACGUGUCCUUCGCUGCCACCCUCGAGUAAAGGCUCCAGCAUCGCCGCGGUGCGUGCUGGCCCUAUGAGAAUAAUUGCGUGAGCACCACAUCAAGCAGGGUGAAGAUCCAAUGAUGAAAAGGAGGAGAGAUCUGAGAAAUUCGCGCAAGAACUUAAUGUCUUCGUUUGGACGAGAUGGCGAGAAAAGCGCGAAGUAGACCACCAAAGUAUGAGUGGAACGAUUGUUAGAAACGACACGCUGUCUCCGUAGACACCCAUUGUAGUGCGCAUCGCGUGUAUAUACAUGAAAUGUAACAUGCUCGAGGAUACUUUCGAGCGUUCUUGGAGAAUUUCGUUUUCCCAGUGAUUUCGAAGGUGGCGGUGUGUUUGUGCGUUUGUCUCGGCACAUAAGUAGAGAAGCGAUUUUGCACGCUCGGCGAUCUCGCAAGUCGCCGAACAAAGAGAAGCACCUUCUUUAGUCGUAGCAAAUCUCGAGACGGACCAAGAUAGCUUCGAUAAGUAUGUACACUUAGGAGAAAUCUUGCGCAUCUAAAAAUAUCCCGUUGGAUAUUCGAACGAGGAUCACUCGUUUAUUUGAUAAUGGUAUCUUGAAAUAAUUUGAGAAAAAUUCAAGAUCCAGAUUCCUUAUGUUGUAAGAGAAAACGAAUUGUACUGCGUACUAAUAAAUUAUAUUCACUUUUCUGUUUGGUAACAGAUGAGGUCCUUACAUGCCCAUGCAUUGUAAAUAGUCUUCACCGGCGAAAAUUUCCGUGUUUAUGUAGAAGUAAGUCUUAAAUUUUUCUCUUCGUUGAACGCGCGAAAUAGAGAAUGGCCGACGUGUCUGCGAAAUUCGAUAUCGCAUCGAUUGGCGACAUGGAUUGGCGAUUCCAUCAUGGAUUGAUUCAUUCUUAUAUUCGCUAAGUAUCAAUUCGCUCUUUUUCGCUUAAACGUAUGCGUUCUCGACAAUUGCAUUUGCAAUAUGACAAAGCAAUAAAAAAUAUAUAUUGAAUAUCAUUGUAUUUUGGAAAGGCACGUACAGUGUUUCGAACCCACAGCGGAAAUAUGUUAAUCAUCUUUUUUUUUGAUAAAUUUCCGACAUAUCACAGAGUGACGAUAUGAAUGAAGAAACAACAGCAACAUUUUACAACGUAAUAUAUAACUCGCGGAAGACUUUGGUCUUCACUCAAGUUUUUCGAUGGUCAUGUAUAUGCAAAUGAAUUCCCGACGGGUCAAUGGAGCAAAUGAAAUCUGUUAACUUUAUGCCAUUGGCAUGGGCAGAUUGGCAGUGGGCGAUCAAUUGACUCCUUCAUUAACUCGUGCCAAUAGGGACGAAUUGUUAUCAGCAUGCCUCUACGCAUACAUAAUGGGAUCAGCCCGUCCGUCAUCCGCGAACGAUGUUCGGUUAUUCCAUACGCGCGUAAAUAAUAAUAUUACGGUAAAUAUAGCGUAAACGUCCAUUCUUCCGAAAGAUUCGCGAAAAGAAACACGUCACGAAGCAUUCUUCCCUUUAAUCAAUAUUGCAAAAUUAAAUGUGUUUGUAAAUCGAAAAUUUCGGUUAUAUAAAUGUAACAUGAAAAUUUGUAAGAUCCUUAAAAAGAUUACCGUGCAAAUGGCGCCAUUUUGACUCGAGAUUAUUAAAUUUAUUACGUUCAUUAUUUUCUACCAAUGUAGUUUAAUUUUUAUUUAA